CGCACACACACAUACGAUCAAGGUGUAAAUUCACACCUACGCAUAUACAUACAUAUAUACAUACCCCGUACGCGUCCACCUCCUACCUAUAUAUGUAAUCCAACUGGCAUUUCUCUCUCCUCAUUCCUCUCUCUAUAUCUGUAUCUAUCAUCUACAUCUAUAUACACCACCACCCAUCUUCCAUUUUUCCGAUUCUCCGCCGGGAAAACCAACCCAAUUCAUUCUCAAAUGGGGUCGUCGUAUUCGUUCUUGGCUACGAGUGGAGGCACCGUGGCAGCCCCGUCGCCGGGACCUGGGCUGGGGGACAUGCCGGAGAGCUGUGUGGCGGCGGUGCUGGUGUACCUGGACCCGCCGCAGAUCUGCCGGAUGGCAAUGUUGAACCGGGCUUUUAGAGGGGCUUCGUCUGCGGAUUUUGUUUGGGAGUCCAAGUUGCCUUUGAAUUACGGAGAUGUUAUUGAGAGAGUAUUUGAGGGAGAUGCUGUUUUUUGUAAGGAUUUGUGUAAGAGGGAUAUUUAUUCCACGCUUUGUAGGCCUAAUUCUUUUGAUGGUGGCACUAAGAAAGUCUGGCUGGAUAAGAGCACAGGCAAGACCUGUAUGUUAGUAGCGUCAAAUGGUUUGGCAAUUACAGGGAUUGAUGAUAGGAGAUACUGGAGCCGCAUUCCAACUGAUGAAUCAAGGUUCUACUCAGUUGCAUAUCUUCAGCAAAUAUGGUGGUUUGAGGUUGAUGGAGAAAUCGAGUUCCCAUUUCCACCUGGAUCAUACAGUCUCUUUUUCCGACUGCAGUUGGGACGAGCACACAAGAGGUUCGGGAGGCGGGUCUGCAACUCUGAGCAUAUUCAUGGUUGGGAUAGAAAGCCUGUACGGUUCCAGCUCUCGACUUCGGAUGGCCAACAAGCUACAAAACAGUGUUACUUGAAGGAACCUGGAAAAUGGAUUCACUAUCAUGCUGGGGAUUUUGUUGUUGCCAGUUCUUGCAAAUCAAUGAGAGUCAAGUUUUCGAUGACGCAAAUUGAUUGCACACAUACAAAAGGAGGUCUUUGUGUAGAUUCUGUGCUUAUAUAUCCUGCUGAGUAUAGAGAGAGGCUGCAGCGUUUUUAAUUGCAACCAAAUCUCUUUGUAGGAUGUAGAGUUCUAUAGAGUAGGUUGUGUAGAAAAAUGAGCAUUAGUUGAGUUCUCCUCUUGUGUUUUUUUCAAGAUGAGCAGUAGUUGGUUAAAGACUUGAGCUGUUUGGCAUGUACACAUGGUAACCUUUCUCUCUCUGUCUCUGUAAUAUCUCUGUGGAAGCAUUUCUCCAUAUGGGCAUAAUGUAUGUGGGUGGAUAAGUAUCCAGAACCUAAUUACAUGCCUUCUUCAUCAUCUUGGGUCCUAAAUAAGCAGUAUUUUUUUGUAAGAGUUACUGGUUAAGCAAAAGGAGGAAUUACUAAGAGAAGUAUGAACUUGUUUGGUUUCUUGUCUUCCUCCAA